GGGAACUCUGUGGAGAGGAAGAUCUACAUCCCCCUGAACAAAACAGCGCCCUGCGUGCGCCUCCUGAACGCCACCCACCAGAUCGGCUGCCCUGAGGCGCGCUCUCUUUCCACAGCCUCCAUCAGCGGAGACACAGGGGUGAUCCACGUAGUUGAGAAGGAGGAGGACCUCAACUGGGUGCUCGCUGAUGGCCCCCACCCGCCCUACAUGAUCCUGUUGGACGGGAACCUCUUCAACAGGAAGGUGCUGAUGCAGCUGAAGGGAACCUCCCGAGUGUCCGGCCUCGCCGUGGACAUCGCCAAGCCCAGCCCUCCCCAGGGCUUCUCCCCUGGUUUGAAAUGUCCCAACGAGGGGUUCGGUGUUUAUUCCAAAGAUUACGGCCCACAGUUUGCGAACUGCAACAGGACCGUGUGGAAUCCCGUGGGGAGCGGGCUUUCGUACGAGGAUUUUGACUUCCCGAUAUUUCUCCUUGAAGAUGCCAACGAGACACAAGUGAUUAAGCAGUGUUAUCAAGACCACAACGUCCCUCGGGAUGGAUCUGGUCCCCAGUACCCUCUCUGCGCCAUGCAGCUUUUUUCCCACAUGCACGCUGUCACCAGCACCGUUACCUGCAUGAGGCGCAGCUCCCUCCAAAGCACCUUCAGCAUUAAUCCAGAGGUUGUGUGUGAUCCUCUUCUUGAUUACAACGUGUGGAGCACCUUGCAGCCCAUCAACUCCUCCGGAAAAGUCGAGCCUGAGAAGGAAGUCAUUAUCGUCGCUACGCGAAUCGACAGCCAUUCCUUCUUCUGGAACAUCGCACCUGGGGCAGAGAGUGCCGUCUCUUCUUUUGUCACCCACUUGGCUGCUGCAGAAGCCCUUCAUAAAGCCUCAGAUAUUCAUUUGCUGCAAAGAAAUAUAAUGUUCACCUUCUUCCAAGGGGAGACCUUUGAUUACAUCGGCAGCUCCCGAAUGGUGUACGAUAUGGAAAAAGAUGUGUUUCCUCUACGCUUGGAGAACAUUCAUUCGUUUGUGGAGUUGAAUCAGGUGGCUCUAAGGAAUGACUCCAUUUUAUGGAUGCACACGGACCCCGUCUCUCGAAUGAACGAAUCUGUUCAAGAGCAGGUUAGAAACUUGCUCGAUGUUCUGAGUAGCAGCAGCGCAGGAGCAAACGUGACUUUGCAGGAAGUUGGAUUUUCGCAGCCUCUUCCCCCAUCUUCCUUCCAGCGCUUCCUUCGAGCCCGGCACAUCCCUGGAGUGGUUCUGACUGACCACCAGACUGCCUUCCAGAACAGAUACUACCAGAGCAUGUACGACACUCCAGAGAACAUCCGGAUGCAAUACCCCGAGGGGCUUAGCCCCGACGAGACCUUGGAGUAUGUCACGGACACAGCCAAGUCCCUGGCAGAAGUUGCCACAGUUGUCGCCCGUGCUCUCUACCGGCUUGCGGGGGGAGCCAACAACACCUCUGCUAUUCAAGCAGAUCCAAAAACGGUCACUCGAAUGUUGUACGGGUUUCUGAUUAAAAUGAACAAUUCCUGGUUUCAGUCCAUCAUUAAACCAGACCUGAAAGAAAUUCUGGGUGAUGUUCCCCAACACUACGUCGCCGUUUCCAGCCCUGUGAACACUACGUACCUUGUGCAGUAUGUCCUGGCCAACCUCACGGGCACUGUUGUUAAUCUCACCAAGGAAGAGUGCCAGAACCUUCAAAAAACCCCCUACAGCGAGAAGGAGCCGUACGAUUACGCCUGGGUGCAGGGUUCCCUCGACCCUAACUCGACAUCACGAGUCCCCUACUGCAUUCGGUCGACCGUUCGCCUGAGCAAAGCGCUCUCUCCUGCCUUCGAGCUGAGACAAUGGGGGUCCACAGAGUAUUCCACGUGGACAGAGAGUCGGUGGAAAGAGAUUCGGGCCCGAAUAUUUCUAGUAGCCAGCAAGGAGCUAGAGAUCAUCACUUUGGUCGUGGGCAUCGUCAUUCUGAUCGUCUCUCUCCUCGCCACCUAUUUUAUCAACGCCAAAGCCGAUGUACUUUUUACCAUCCCACGAAACCCCGGGGCUGUGGCUUACUGAAGAUGCUCUCAGGGGCUUGAGAAGUCUUAGCCCUUGGAUUUACAAUUUUCAAAGAGAAAACUACACUGGAACGCCCCUCUCUCCGGAUAGGGAUGCAAACGGUUCUCUCCGGAGUUUCUCGGGUUCUGAGCCCCAAAACAGAAGAGUCUUGCCCAGAAAGCCAUGCCGACCCAGCCCUAAAGA